AUGGCUGAAGUGCUCGGGAUCUAUGAGGAGUUUCAGAACGUCUCGUUUCCCAGUCAACAGUUCAACAUCUACAGUGGAGGCAUGGCCAAGAUUGCCACCCUCAAGACCAAAGGUGAAAAGAAAUUAGUGGGGUACGAUCGGAUGGUGUUUUCACGGCCAGGGCUGUACAACCUCCUGAUGGCAAGGGUGGCCUCAGAAAAGAUCCAUUACAACAAAAAGGUCGUGUCGAUUGAACAGAACCAGGAUGGGGCCAUGAUCCUGUGUAGUGAUGGCACAACCUACUAUGGCGACAUUAUCGUCGGUGCCGAUGGCGCCUAUUCAGGUGUGCGACAGGGUCUGUACAGACAACUCCAAAAGAUAGGACGGCUCCCUUCCUCGGACGCACUGGAGUUGAGCAAAGGAUACAUAUGUAUGGUUGGCACGACCGAGCCUCUUAACUCAGUCCAUUACCCGGUCUCGAUGGCGAAGUCUCCAGCGCAAGCCGUCGAUAAGAAAUUUCGAAACUCGGAAUGGAACCCUCAAACAACAGAACCCAUGAUCGCCGAAGUCAAGGACUUUCUGACACCCUUUAGAGGCACCAUGGGCGAAUUGAUCUCGGCCACACCUACGGACAUAAUCUCUAGGGUCUUUUUGGAGGACAAGUUGUUCGAGACCCGGCACGCUGGUCGGACAGUCCUUAUAGGCGACGCGUGUCAUAAGCUGCUCCCAAGUUCAGGACAAGGAGCAGUGACAGCGAUGCAGGAUGCCGUCGCAUUAGCAAACUGCCUCUACGAACUAAAAUCCUUCUCGCCAGACCACAUCCAAGAAGCACUUCAAAUCUACAAAGACGAACGGUUCUCUCAAGUCCAGGAGCAAUACGAGGCCAGUAAAGUCAACGCCAAACUGAUCUACGGCCAGACGUUCCUGGAACGGUGCGCACGGCAUUUGAUCUUCAACUAUAUGCCCAUGUCGGUACAGGCCAAGGCGUCAAGUAAAGGAAUGGCCUACCGACCCCAAGCAUCCUUCUUGCCCCUCGUCGCCGACCGAGGGACAUGUCAUGUCAUGCCCCAAAAGCCCUCAAAACGCUACUUGCAUGAACAACUCAAGAACUCCGCAGCAACAAAUGCCACGGUCAUAUAA